ACAUGUCUUUAAAUAAAUUUUGGACAUGCCAGCCCAGAAAAUCGUUUACUUUUCAAGGUUUUGAUUAUAUUCAUGAGCUGCACGUUAAUGGAAAUCUCAGCAAAAGGGUGAUCAUGUUGAAAUUUUUGCCUAUAAGAACUGUCUGAAGAUCCCAUGAAAGUACUCACAGCUUAUAAACCUUUUUUGUCUUCAAAAAAUUUCCUUUGGGAAUGGAUUUGAGAGAUAAUAAUUCAGCUAAAAUCAGAUUAAGUGAUGGGAGAUACUUGGCCUAUAAAGAGAGAGGUGUUCCAAAGGAGAAAUCCAAUUAUAGAAUUAUAUUUGUUCAUGGAUUUGACGGCCGCAAAGAAAGGGAUUUUCUUGCACCUCAGGAAGUGAUGAAGAAGAUGGGGAUAUAUAUAGUUCAAUACGAUAGAGCUGGAUAUGGGGAAAGUGAUCCAAACCCAAAACGAUCCCUAAGGAGUGAAGCAUCUGACAUUGAGGAAUUGGCUGAUAACUUACAUUUAGGAUCAAAAUUCUAUAUUAUUUGUAGCUCAAUGGGAUGUUACCCAACUUGGAGUUGCAUCAAACACACUCCCCACAGGUUAGCAGGGGUAGCGUUUGUUGUUCCCAUUGUAAAUUACCAAUGGCCAUCCCUUCCUCACAAUCUCACAAAGGAUGAUCAAAGGAAGAAAGACUAUUGGUGGAUGACUAUGACUGCUAAAUAUGUUCCUAAAUUACUACAGUGGUGGGCCAUUCGAAAAACUUCUUCUACCAAAGAUCCAAAAACUACAUACUUUACUUCCAAGGAUUUAGAGAUUAUAAAGAAUAUACCAGGAUUUCAGGGUUUUAGUCCGGAAAAACUAAGGAAGAGAAGUAUUUUCAACAACCUUUGCAGUGAUUUAGUUGUGGCUUUUAGUAGGUGGGAUUUUGAUCCUUUGGUGCUAAGCAAUCCUUUUCCUGAAAAUGGUCAGAGUUGUGUUCACAUUUGGCAAGGCAGUGAGGAUAAAGUUACUAAUCUGAAACUACAAAGGCAUAUUGCAGAAAGGUUACCUUGGAUUCAAUAUCAUGAAGUUCCUAAUAAUGGACAUCUAUUGAUCUAUGACACUACUGUUUGUGAAGCCAUUUUAAGGUCUCUUUUGAUUGGAGAAACUCCACCAUCUUAUUCAACAAACUCAUAGUUUAUAGUCAUCACUCUCACAUGACCAAGAGGUCACGGGUUCAAGCCGUGGAAACAGCCUCUUGCAGAAAUGCAGGGUAAGACUGCGUACUAUAGGCCCUUGUGCUCCAGUCCUUCCCCGGACCCCGCGCAUAGCGGGAGCUUAGUGCACCGGGCUGCCUUUUUUACUGUCACAUAACAAUGUUCAGAUGUUACAUAUUGAAUUUCAUUUUAUUUAUUUUUGCCCUUUUUGUACUUAUUGGAUGAUGUAUUUCAUAAUGUGACAUGUUGCAAAAAAAAAAAUUAAAACAAAACACUGUUAUUAGCA